GGAGUGUCGACCGUAGCACCUUAUCGGAUGGGAAGCAUCACACUUCGAUUUUGGAUUAAACGGGCAACAUCUUUAAAUAAUAAUCCGUGGACGGAAAUACAUAUUAUAGUAAGGAACGCAAAUGAAGUGAACGACUGACGUGAGAAUGGGAUUGUCGGACGAGCAGGUCAUUUGUUGGCUAUCUUUUGUUUGAAUGACAUCCGACUGGACUGGGAAUUAGUCGUUCCUUAAACAGACUUUUGUCUGAUUGCCAAAUCCUCUUACAUUAAGUGAUCAAGAGCGGGCUGCUUUGUGGACAUCUAGUCAUUUGAAUAGGUUAAUCAUUCAUUUAACUAGCUUUCUACAUGUGCUCCUUUUCACCUCCAUGUAGGUGACCAUUGAAUGGAAAAUAUAUUUUUCUCAUUGUUGUGGACCCAUUGUAAAGUCAAACACAUUUAGUGUGAGAAAUAACUGGUGCACUUUAUUCUGCUGCUACUGUAGCUCACCUCAUUAUGAAUCAUAAUACCUCUAAACCCACUGGAGAUAAUUAGUUCCAUAAGCUGGAGGAUGUAACAGGGUGGCCCUCUCUAAUGGAAACUUCUUCAAACCUGCAAGCAGAGCCACCAGUGAACAGCCCAAAGUAUCAGCGUGUACAUCUCCCGUGCCAGGAUUCUGUCAGUGAGAUGCUGAGGGGAACGAUGGGCUCAGUGGAGGAGCGGGAUGAGGAGCAGGAGGAUGAAGGGGAUGAAGAGUUGAGGGACGGCGGGGUGCCUUUCUAUGUCAACCGAAGUGGCCUCCCCAUGGACGAGGACACCUGGGAGAGGAUGUGGCGCCAUGUGGCUCGGAUCCAUCCAGACGGGGAUGGCUUGGGGAAGGGCAUCCGUGGUGUCAUUGACCUGCCCAAGAUUCCAAUACCAAGUGUGCCUUCAUACCAGCCUACCACCGCAAUCCCACUGCGCCUGGAAGCCAUACAGAAAUACAUCAGGGAGUUACAGUACAAUCACACCGGAACACAGUUUUUUGAAAUAAAGAAAAGCCGGCCUCUUACUGCGUUGAUGGACAUCGCCAAGGAGAUGACGCGUGAAGCCCUGCCAAUCAAAUGCCUGGAAGCGGUGAUCCUGGGAAUUUACCUCACCAAUAGCAUGCCGGCCGUGGAGCGCUUCCCCCUCAGCUUCAAGUCUCAAUUCUCAGGGAAUUACUUCCACCACAUUGUGCUGGGAGUCCACAGCGGCGGACGCUUUGGCGCGCUGGGCAUGAGUCGGCGGGAGGAGCUCAUGUUCAAGCCUCUGGAGCACCGCACUCUGAUGGAUUUGGUGCAGGAUUUCGGAGGUGCCUACAGGGGCUACUGGCACACCCUGCAAAAGAUCAAGAUCGGCCAGUACGUGUCGCACGACCCUCACAGCGUGGAGCAGAUCGAGUGGAAGCACUCCGUCCUGGAUGUAGAUGGCCUGAGCAAGGACGAGCUGCGGAAAGAGCUGGAGAGGCACACUCGAGACAUGAGGCUCAAGAUAGGAAAGCCUGCACCUCCUUCUCCCACCAAAGACAGAAGAAAUAGCAUGGGCUCACCGCUCAAAGGACCAGGAAGCCCCAUUCGCAGGGUCAGCCGUGUUGAGAGACGUCCAUCUGGAGAGAAGAAGGCUUUGGAACAAAAAGCAUCUGGUGACAUGAACGUGUAUCAGAUUCGAGUGUGAAGAAUCCUUUUUUUAAGUUUCUCUGACAAGGCUGCUGAUGAGGCUUCAUUCAACGUCCACAUUGCCCUGUUCUCGGGAUGCAACAUUGAAUAGGAAACCAUCCUUCUCAUACACAUCCAAACAAAAGCCUCAUUCACUGUCACGUUGUCAGUUUUUUAAUUAUUUCUUGCGUGCAUAACUGGUGCUGUUGUGUGUAAACAUUUUUAUUAAAUUUAGGUAUACUGUUGGUUACACUAGACAAAUAUAAGUAAAUCAGUAAAUGUGCUACUUGACAUAUCAUAUCAAUGUGUGUCGUACUGUAAGUGUGCUGGUAUGUGUCCAUUUACAACCCCAAUUCCAAUGAAGUUGGGACGUUGUGUUAAACAAAUAAAAACAGAAUACAAUAAUUUGCAAAUUAUAAUCAAGCUCGGUGGACGACUGGUUAGAGCGUCAGCCUCACAGUUCUGAGGACCCGGGUUCAAUCCCCGGCCCCGCCUGUGUGGAGUUUGCAUGUUCUCCCCGUGCCUGCGUGGGUUUUCUCCGGGCACUCCGGUUUCCUCCCACAUCCCAAAAACAUGCAUUAAUUGGAGACUCUAAAUUGCCCGUAGGCAUGACUGUGAGUGCGAAUGGUUGUUUGUUUCUAUGUGCCCUGCGAUUGGCUGGCAACCUGUUCAGGAUGUACCCCGCCUCCUGCCCGAUGACAGCUGGGAUAGGCUCCAGCAUGGCCGCGACCCUAGUGAGGAGAAGCGGCUCAGAAAAUGAAUGGAUGGAUGUUCAAGCUAUAUUUAAUUUGAUACACUACAAAGCCAAGAUAUUUAAUGUUCAAACUGAUAAACUUUAUUGUUUUUCGCAAAUAAUCAUU